AGAUGUCAAAGAAAUUUUUUCCAGAAUGAUCGAAAAACAUUACAUCAUUCCCUUCAAUAUUACCGAUUCAAAAUCAGCUCAGGAUAAAGCUUCAGAGGCAGAACAACGUGAAUUGGCAAAAGUGACAAAUUUCAUACCUACGAAAAAACAGGUGGCGGAGGUUAAAGCUAAGCUUGCAGGGGACGUGGGUUCGGAUGAUGUCUCAACUGGAUCGGUAAAACGAAAAAUCAGUGCCGUCAAUUUGGAUAGGCCUGCUAAGCAACAAAAAGGAGAGGAAGUACUUGAUGAAAAUCAGUACUUUCGUGUGAAUUACGAAAGGUUUAAUGUUAAAGCGCGAAAUAAGCGUUUCGAGUCAUUCAUCGGGAUCCGCAUUAACGAAUCUGCAGGUUUAAUUACCAAAACCAUACUCGACAUUUCUAAUGAUGAAAAAGUCGAGGAAAUUGAAUCUAGAUUGAUUUCAGCGCAAAGAAUUGUUAAAACUGUGCCAGUUGAAAAGACUGAAAUGUUGGCCUCGCAAAUGAAAACGGAGAGAGGAAAAACUACAAGAGAUGCCCUAAUCAGGCAGUACCUGGAAUACCUUGUAGAGGACGAAACAAAUUUCUUGCAUAAGAAAGAUGAAAACCUGGGCGGAAUGUAUUGUGUCAAUUACCAAGAAUUAUGUGAAUCAUUAAAACAGGAAAUCUUUGAAGACAUAAUAUUAGAGAAAUAUGGCAUAAUGGGUUUAAGAAUAAUGAAAGUAUUGAACUCGAAUCAGAAGUUGAGUGAAAAAUCGAUAACCACGUUUUCUUUGAUGAGCAUGUCUGACGUUCGGCAAAAGUUGACCGAACUGCUUAAUGGAGGAUUUAUUCAGAUUCAGGAAGUACCCAGAUCCGCUGAUAGAGCUCCAUCGCGUACCUAUUACCUUUGGUACGUUGACUAUUCAAAAUGUUACGAGAUAAUUUUGGACAAUUAUUAUCGUACGCUCGCGAACAUUCAUCAGGUCAGAUUUGCACAAGAAACUUUGGCCGCCACAUUAUUAGAAAAAAAAGAAAAUGAGGAAGCUUUGAAGCAACUGAAUGACAAUGCCUCUAUUCAAUUGUUGACUGAGAACGAAAGAAGAUCAUUAAACGAUUUGGAGCAUCUUUUAAAUCAGCUAGACACGGCCCAACUAAGAAUCGUUCAAGAUAUAAUGUUGUUUAGGAAUUUCAAAUAA